AUGAGAUUCUUCAGUUUCAAAUCCUCUAAAGAGGCCGAUGUGCCCGAGGAAACAAACAACGCUUCACUUACCGAUGUUCGCCACACACCGUCUCCUUCUCCGGGCCCGACUUCGAAACCAUCCAGCGAGAAAGAGAGUACUCUGAUCGAUGAGUCGAUCAGGAACUCAAUCCUGAAUGAAGAUUCCGAAAAAGCAAUUGUCAGCCCGAGUCCGGGCCCUCAUACCCCAGAGCCCAUCCUACACGAGAACAAGGAUUCCACUCCCAAUGAAAAGGACCCCAAGGAGGAAUCCAAGGAAAAUGUCCCAAAGGAAGAUUCAGACAAGGAAGUAGCAACAGAAGCGAAGGGUGAAACCGAAACACCAGAUGACGAGGAAUAUCCGUCUGCGUGGAAAUUGACCCUGAUAACUAUCGGUCUUUGUUUCUGCGUUUUCUGCGUGACAUUGGACAACACAAUCCUUGCAACAGCCAUUCCCAAAAUCACAGAUGAAUUCAAUUCCCUCGAAGAUGUCGGUUGGUACGGUAGUUCCUAUCUACUAACCACCUGCGCGGUCACCCUGACCUUCGGCAAACUAUACACUUUCUACUCGAUCAAGUGGAUUUACCUGACUGCGCUCAUCGUCUUCGAGAUUGGCUCGCUUGUCUGUGCUACUACUCCCACCUCGGUCGGUCUCAUCUGCGGUCGUGCCGUUGCCGGCUUUGGAGCUGCUGGGUUGUUCUCUGGUUCUAUUCUUAUCAUCAGCAAGACUGUUCCUCUUGCCAAACGGCCUAUGUAUACUAGUCUCAUCGGAUCGAUGGCCGGUAUUGCUAAUGUGGCGGGUCCGCUUAUGGGUGGUGCAUUCACUGAUCACCUCACCUGGCGUUGGUGUUUCUACAUCAACCUGCCCAUCGGAGCUGUGACUUUCUUCUUUGUGCUGGCCUUCUUCCAGAACCCUAAGCCUAUCCUGGCCAAGAAUACCUUCAAGGAGCAGAUCAAGGAGCUGGACCUGCUUGGUUCGUUCUUCUUCUUGCCUGCCAUUAUCAGUUUGCUGUUGGCUCUGCAAUGGGGUGGUACCAAGUAUGACUGGAGCAAUGGACGUAUCAUCGGUCUCUUCGUCGUGUGUGGUGUGCUCCUCUUGAUCUUCACGGGCAUUCAGUACAAGGCCCAAGACAAAGCUACUAUACCUCCUCGACUGAUCAAGAACCGUAGUGUCUGGGGCGCGGCCUGGUUUGCCUUGGCUCUUGGUGCUGGUUUCUUCGUCAUGACAUUCUAUCUCCCCAUCUGGUUCCAGUCGAUCAAAGGCGCAACAGCCCUCAAGUCAGGCAUCAUGAAUCUACCCAUGAUCAUCGGAGUUAUUGUCUGCUCCAUCAUCGCCGGUGGUCUCGUCACUGCCUGCGGCUACUAUACACCAUUCAUGAUCGCCUCAUCGAUCACCAUGGCUAUCGCCGCCGGGCUCCUGGCCACUCUGGAAACAGACUCGAAUCACUCCAAGUGGAUCGGAUACCAGGCCCUGUUCGGUAUCGGUAUCGGUCUAGGCAUGCAACAGCCCAUGAUUGUCGCCCAGGCUGCUCUCAAGACUGUAGAUGUUCCCAGCGGUACGGCGAUUGUUAUGUUCGCGCAGACUCUUGGUGGUGCGAUCUUCGUGUCCGUCGGGCAGAAUGUGUUCCAAAACCAACUGUUUCAUAAUUUGGCCAUUUAUGCCCCGGAUCAGAAUGCCGCUCAACUCGUCUCGGCUGGUGCUACUAUGCUGCGCUCUGUUGUGACUGGGUCUGAUCUCCACAAGGUACUGGUUGCUUACAACGCUGCCAUCACUGAGACCUUCUAUGUUGCUGUCGCGAUGAGUGCAUUGUCCCUGGUCGGUCCUAUCUUUGUUGAGUGGAUCUCGGUCAAGGGCAAGAAAGUAGAGAUGGCCGCCGUGUGA